UCUAGUAGUCCGGUCCACUACUUGGUCUUGAGUUGUCUUGUUUGGUCCCUUUGGAAUACAACCUGCUAAAUGCUUCAUUGUUCAUUCGUAGUUGGAAGUAAAAUAUCAACACUUCGUGACAGUUCCUUUGAAACUACAGGAUCUUAUGUACGUCGAUUUUGAACCUGUGCAUUUUUUUAAAAAUUGUAAUCAACCGUGUAGGCAAGUUUUUAUCUCCUGUACAAUUGUUUGAUCGCGAAAAUUCGGUGACUUUUUGUCGGAGUGUACUGUUUAUAUGAUAAGAGAACUUUUUGUUGACCAAUAAUUUACGCUGUGUGUGAAUUCUCGCCACAUAAGAAUACCCAUUUAACGUAGAAGGUAAAACUGCACAGUUUUCUUUUGAUCGUCGAUUGUGCUGUGCAACUUAGUGCAACCAGUUUCCAGUGCCCCUGAUAAAAUGACAGAGCAACUUUGCAGAGAAUGUGACCAAAUCGUAAGCUGUCUGCUUGCUGCGAGUCAGGCCAUGGUGCAUAAAAUGGCAGAAAAACUGUGUGGAAAGUGUAACCAGGCUGUGGAAAUCACAAAUAUUUGCUGCAACGAACGAAAAUCCAAUACGUCGAGCAACUCGGGUAAACAAAGUCGAGAAAUGGAAUUUGAUGAAGACUGGAUUGUGAAAAUGUCGCGAUUGCUGGAUUCGAAACUAAUACCUGUUAUGGCUCAGCUCGAUGAAAUUCGUGCCAAAGUGCAGGAUCACGCGCAGACUUUGGCUCCUCUUACUGAGCCUUUCAAAAAACUCGAAUUGAAAGUUAACGGUGCCAGCGAUGUCUCAGGAAGCGGUGUAAGAUGCGAGAAACCAAAUAUGGAUCAGCUUGAGGCGUGUCGAGAGGCACAACUCAAAUUAUCGAGUGAUCGUCCAGCUCCUUGUGCACCCGAAUUCAAUUCUGAAGCCAAAAAAACCGAGUUUCAACGACAGACCAUUUGGCGUGGAGUAUUGGAAUGGAAUGACAAGCGAGCUAAGGGUGCCGCCCAAGCUGUCAAGUCAGUUCCAUGCGCUGUUACUUCGAAUGCGAAAGAUGGCGAACCGGAAGUGAAAGUUGAGAAUUGGCCACCGAAAUUAGUCAUGCAGCUUUUGCCCAAAGCAUUGAUAAGUAACAUAGGCGGAGUUUAUUUGAAAAAUUCUACGUCCGUGUUAUUUCAUCCGUCUCCUUGUCCAGCUUUAGACGCAUUGACCAAAGUGAUGAGUAGUAACAUUGCCGGUUGUGUACAGUUCAACAAUUCGAAUUCUCCAGAUUGCAAUUUAAAAAUGCUUAUUUUACUGUAUACGCCGGAUAAAAAAGUAUAUCUCGGUUUCAUUCCAAAUGAUCAGACGGCGUUUAUUGAGCGGCUUCGUCUCGUGAUACAGCAGAGUAAAAAUAAAUCAAUUAUGAGGAACGUGUUUGGUGAUCCUCAAGGCUCGAGUAUGGCCAGAUUGCAAUCGUCAGUUCGGAGUGAUGAUGUGCGAGUGCAGUCCGAACAAAUGGGCGAAGGUAUGAUGCCUGUUAGCGAUAUGAAAAGUCACAACGUAUCAACAAAUGGUCCACUAGAUUUGUCUGGGAACACGAGUCGCCAUCUUUCCCCCUCAUUCAAUAACUCGUCAACGCCUCGAGAGAGACGAGAAAAACGUCGUAUUCUGCGUACCCUAAAGCUGCAGACGAAUGCAUCGCAACUGGCUCAAGAUUUUCCAGAUCGUACACGAGAGUCAAUUGACCAGCACAGCGACACCAUGCUCAGUUCUAGUGCUAGUUUUGACCCUGCCGUAGCUGAGUUUGAGCAAGAAGAGGCAGAAAAGCUGGCAUUCCCGAAAUCUCAGAUUGAAGACGACUUCGAAUUAAUAUGAAAUGGGAGAGGAAAAAAUAAUUUUUUCUUUUCAAGUGUGUAAUGAAUUAGUUUUCAAUACAUUUUCAUCCAAUUAUGUAA